AUGUCUCAGCUGCAAAAAGCCAAACAUAGAAGUCUGAUACUGGAGAGGAGGGGACACUUUGGGGCACAUUUAAUAUGCAAAAGUUUCCACACCCAGGGUCUGCAAGAGCUUCCCGGAACACUGCCUUUGUCUACCGGCCACAUCGGCCACAUCGGCCACCUGUGCCUGAAAUCCGAAAUUGGCUGGCACAGUCUGCAGGUCGUUCAGAACAAUACCCUGUUUCACCAGCCAUACAGUUGGAGGUCCUACUGCUGCUCACUGCGAUGGAUCUUUGAUUGGAACCGGGACAAGGGAGAUAUACUAUAUAUCUCCUGUCAUGCUGCAACUCACUGUGAUCAACUUGCCUUCCCGAUCCUGG